AUGCGUGUCGAAGAAAAGCAAACUGUUCAAGUUGCUCCCUGCAAAUUAAACACCAUUAAUCCUAUCGUUAAACAUGAACAAUCUCAACGAGCAAACAAUUCUAGCUUGUACAGAAAAAUUUUGGAUGAAUCGAAGUGUUCUAGUGGAGACAAUUUGUCUUUUCAAUCUUCAAUAGGCGUGAUCAAUGCGAAUGAAGUUCCGAAUACAUUAAGCGAGAUUAAAAAUUUAGAUAUCGAGAAAUAUGAUACAUCCACAUCUAAAAAUAUGAUUCAACAACUUGAAUAUGUUUCGUGGAAAUACAAAAAUCCGUAUAGUGUUUCUAUUACCAAUCAUAUGGAUUGUGGAAAAUCUAAUCACACAUUAGAGAAUGUUUUCAAAGAGGACGAGCCUCAGGAAGGAAGAGCAAAGCAAAGCAUUCUCUCCAAUUGUCGAGAGUAUCUAGCUACCUAUCAGGAAUCUUGUGGUACACCACGUACCGAAUAUUCCUUCGCUGCUUUGAUUGUAGUAAUGGCUCAGGCUACAGCACGAUCUUUGUUAGGACUGAUAUACAUGAUUAUUAAUGUUGUUCCUGUUAUUCAGAUGUUUUCUUUCAUAUUGAGAUUCGUAUUAGACAAGAUAAUCGAUAUACGCAGAACUAAGAAUAUUCAGCAAGUAGCUGUGAAACUUACAAUUUUCAUCAUACAAUUGCUCAGUGUGUACGUUUGCCUUAUAUUUAUACUUGGCUUUAUUGUUUUGCCAAUUGUACAAAUGGCAAUUGGUAUUGUAACUAAAUUUGUAAUGCGCAAUUAA